UUCUAAGCAGCAGUUUCUUUUCAUUUCUAUUUUGUCAACUGUUGGUGGAGGUUAUCUGUGCAUUGUGGUUAAAAAAAGGGGUAUAAAAUAAAUAAUAGAGAAUCGUUUGAUUUUUGGUCUACAAAUUAUAUUUCAAGAGAUUAUAUAAAAUGGAUCGUGGUGGUUAUGGCGGUAAUCAAGGCGGCGGAGGCUAUAAUAACUUUUCAGUGCCUCCACCAAAUUAUCAAAUGGGUGGAGGUGAGGGUGGUAGUGGUCCCUACAGCAAACCUCCGCCAUCUUAUAAUAAAGGAGGUUACGAUUCUGGUAAUCGCGGCGGAAGUGGUAGCAAUAGCGGCGGCGGUGGUGGCUGGCAAGAUCGUGGAAUGGGUGGUGGUGGCGGCGGUUACGGAAAUGGAGGCGGCAACAAGGACUACAACAACAAAGGCGGUUAUGGAGGCGGCGGCGAUAUGAUUACUCAAGAAGACACAAUAUUUGUGUCAGGCAUGGAUCCCGGGGCAACUGAAAUGGAUAUUGAAACUCAUUUCGGAGCAAUUGGUAUUAUUAAGAAAGACAAACGCACUAUGAAACCAAAAAUUUGGCUGUAUCGCCACAAAGACACUGGUCUAUCCAAAGGUGAAGCUACUGUUACAUAUGACGACAUCAAUGCAGCACAAUCGGCCAUAGCUUGGUUUGAUGGACGCGAUUUUAAUGGUUGUAUUAUUAAGGUCUCUUUAGCUCAGAGACAAAAUAACUGGAGUAAAGGUGGUCGUGGUGGUGGUGGCGGCGGCGGCGGCGGUGGUGGUGGUGGUGGAGGUGGCCGUGGUCGCGGUGGUAUGGGAGGUGGAAUGGGUGGCGGUGGAGGAGACCGCGGUGGUAGCCGUUUUGACCGUAAUAGUGGCAGUGGAGGCGAAGGUACCGGUGGGUCGGGUCGUCAUGAUUAUGAUUCAGGACGUAGCGGUGGUGGUGGUGGCGGCGGCGGUGGUGGCGGAGAUCGUGGAGGUCGUUUACGUAUGGGCGGUGGUGGUGGUGGCGGAGGCGGAGGAGGUGGCGGCGGCGGUGGUGCUCCCCGUGAAGGUGAUUGGAAAUGCAGCAGCUGUAAUAACACCAAUUUUGCUUGGCGCAAUGAAUGUAAUCGCUGCAAAACACCUAAAGGCGAUGACGGCGGUAAUAAUCGAGGAGGCGGUGGUCCUCCUGGUGGGUACGGUGGAGGUGACCGUGGCGGCUAUAACAGAGAUAAUCGAGGUGGCGGCGGUGGUUACGGUGGCGGCAAUCGUUUCGGCGGUGGCGGCGGCGGUGGUGGCGGUCGUGGGGGUGGUGGCGGCGGCGAUCGUGGUGGUCGUCGAGAUUUCGGCGGCAACAGUGGCGGUCCCAUGCGCAACAACUCUGGCAAUCGCCCCCGUCCUUAUUAGAUUCACCUUCCCCCUCCUCCGUAGCAUUUUUGAAUGCAUAGUUUAUAGUGGUAGUAUUAAAAUAUUAAUUUAAUUUUCAUCAAUUUUUCAAUGUUCAAUUUCCACUAUCAUUUUCAAUAUUAACUUUUUUAUUGAUUCGACAUCGGAAAGUGUACGUUACAACAGUCAACUCUCGGGUAUUCCAGUCCGAACGCAAGUGAAAUUUUUUUUUUUUUUUUGAUGAAAACAAAUGUAAUUGCAUCCUAUCUGCUGUGGAUCAUUUAUUUAAAUGGUUAAUUAAACUUAACUUGUAAACGCUGUGUAAAGACAGUUUUGCAUGACAAAAGGACAAUUUUAUUAAGGAAGAAAAAAGAAAAAAUAACAUAUUUAUAUAAUUGACAAUGAAUUAAAAAGAUGGGUUUCCCUAGCUCGUUAAUUAAAAACUGAAA